ACGUUGUGACAGUUGUGUUAUGGUUGUCUUGACGAAGGAAACUAGAAGAUUUUCUCAUCAGUGUGAUUUGAUUGUGAGGAUGGGACACACUCUGCUCUGUAAACUGGAGUUCAUCUUAGUGCUGUAUUCACUCCUCCACAGUGGACACACUGAAGGCGCUGUGUUGACCUUUGAACCCAAAUGGUCAACUUUUUUUGUUGGAGAAUCUUUAACCUUCAAAUGUGACAUGGAGGAAGGAAGAACAGAUGACUGGAAAUACACAUUGAAGAGAAGUGAUUGGACACCUUAUUCUGACGUCACACAACAAGAUUUCCAAUUAUAUCCUCUGAAUAACAGUCACAGUGGUGAUUAUCAGUGCUGUGGUCUCAAGAAUGGUUCAGAUUAUACAAAGUGCAGCAACAGAGUCUCUAUACGUGUAUCAGACAGAGCCAGAGCCACACUGACAGCAGCAACAACAACUGUGUCAGUAGGAGACAGAGUGACACUGAUCUGCUCUGUGGAGAAAUCUGCUGGUUGGAAAUAUGAGUGGUUCAGAAGAACCUCACACACCUCUGAAGACACAAUCAAUGAUGGACUAAAUGGAAACAUCAGAGUCUCACAAGGAGGAAUCUACAGAUGCAGAGGAUUUAGAGGAGAACCAGCCGUCUACUCUGAUCCAAGUGAUGAAGUCACCAUUCAAAUAACCUUUUCCAACAAAGUCAGUGUAACCCAAAAACCCAGCUGGUCUCAGAUCUUCAGAGGAGAGAGGAUCACUCUGACAUGUGAGGUUCAGGAAGGUGAAGGAGUUCAGUGGGAGUAUGAAUGGAGAACACCUCAGUCACAGACAUUCAGGACAAAGCAGAAAGACUGGACUAUCACAGCUUCCAUCAGUGGAGACUACAGCUGUAAGAGCACACCCACAGAUGAUUCAUAUUCUGCUACAAACUGGAGUGAAGCUUUAAGGUUGUCUGUUUCAGAUCCUCCAAAGGCUCAGAUAAGUAGAAGUGGAGGAACUCUGACCUGUUCUGUGAAUCCAUCAUCAUCUGGUUGGAGUUAUUAUUUUUACAGAGUAGAGAAAAACCAGGAAGUGCUGACACUGCAAAAUACUGAUUUCUAUUCUAAUAGAGAAAUCAGAGUUUCACAGGGAGGAGUCUACAGAUGCAGAGGAGGAAGAGGAGAACCAGUUUAUCACACAGAGUUCAGUGAUCCAGUCACCAUUGUUGAACCUGUCCUGAGAGUGUCUCCAUGGUGGUUGAGUCCUGGAGCCUCAGUGACUCUGAGCUGUGAGGUUGAACAUGUGUCUGCAGGAUGGAGCUUCUACUGGUAUAAAGCUGUUCCUGAUCUAUCACACAAGUCUGGCUCUUACAGCUAUGAGCUGCUGCCUGCUAGCUCCAAUGGGACUGCAGACAACUCCUACAUCAUUCAUGGACAGACACACACAGCAGGAUAUGUGUGCAGAGCUGGAAGAGGAGAGCCACACUUCUACACUCUUUACAGUCAACCUCACUUUGUCUGGUCUGGAGAUCUUCAUCCAUCAGCGUCUCUCUCAGUGAGUCCUGACAGAGUCCAACACUUCACCUCUGACUCUGUCUCACUGAGCUGUGAGGGAAACUCUGCUGAGUGGAGAGUCAGCAGGUUUCUGCUUCCUGACUUCCUGUCAUUCUGUUCUGACUGGGGAACAAUGAAUGGAUCAACAUGUCAUGUUCAGAAGAUCCAGUCCAGUAAUGCAGUGUACUGGUGUGAGUCUGGAUCAGCAUUCAGCAACGCAGUCAACAUCACUGGACACUAUGAUGAUGAGCUUCUCCUGCUGAGUCCUGUCCAUCCUGGGACUGAGGGACAUUCUGUUACUCUUGGCUGCAAGUUGAGGACAGAAAAUCUUCUUUCUAAAGUGUUUUUCUAUCAAAAUGACACAAUCAUCCAAAGUGAGAGCAGAGUGGAGAUGAUCAUCCCUGCAGUGUCAAAGUCUCAUGAAGGCUUCUACAAGUGUCAAUCCUCAGGAAAAGAAUCACCACAGAGCUGGUUGGCAGUAACAUCUACAUCCAGACUUGACAGCUCCUCAUUUCCUGUCUUGGUUGUUGGACCAGUUUGUGUCUUUUUACUGAUGAUUUUCCCACUGAUGUUUUAUUUCUGCAAAAAGUCAAAAGAUUCAAGCUCCAUCAGCAGGUCUGAUGAACAAAAUCCGAAUUAUGUUCCAGAUGAAAAUGAUGCUCAACACAACACAUAUGCCUCUCUGCUCCAUGGUGAUUUUGCUCUUUAUGAGUCACUCAGAGGCCCUGAAGACCCAGAAAAUAAUCCAGAUUAUGGCAACAUAGGUGAUUUUGCUCUUUAUGAGUCAUUCAGAGGCCCUGAAGACCCAGAAAAUAAUCCAGAUCAUGUCAACAUAGGUGAUUUUGCUCUUUAUGAGUCACUCAGAUGCCCUGAAGACCCAGAAAAUAAUCCAGAUAUGUUGAUGCCAACAUAGGAGCUGAAGAAGAAUGAGGAAAACUGGGCUGUCUGCUUUUCUAUCCUGGAACUCCAAGAGCGCCACCUGGAUUUAGACUUCUUUAAAGAUAAGACUCCUGAGGAACUCAGCUUCUGACUCUUUCUGCAGCUGCUGAACACGACUCACAAACUGUACAAAACUUCUUUACAUUUGAAAGAAUUUCUAAGUUUUAUUUGAAUCCACACAAGUAUUUGUUUCAUGGACAGACACAACAACAAUCACAGAUGUACAUGAACACACACAGCUGUUUGGAUUUUUGUCUUUUGUCAUUUGAUUUUGUAAUAACUAUCAAUACUGCAGCCAUCUUCUUCUCUUAGGGUGUAUUCAGACUGAAAAAGUCUGUUGGUCUGGACCGAGUCCACUUAAUUUGGUCUGGAUCCAGUCCUGCACCUUCCUUUUGGUCUGGAUUCACACUGCCUUUAACCGGACAUUUCUAUUUUGGACCAAAGCUUGUAAACAAAAGCACUUGACUGAAGAUCUCUUCGUUGUGUUUGUUUGUGUUCAUUGGAUCAUAAAAAUGAAUUUCAAAUUAAAUAAUUCUGUAAUGUUUUCAUACAUUUUGACAUUUUAAAUGUUAAUUGUUUCAAACACAAUGCUUGCAGCUUUCUAGCAUCUGUCUGUGUUGCAUUCUGGGAUCAGUGUUUAGCAUCACAGUAACAACAAUCAAUAGUCACACAAACUGCAGCUCAAUCAGCACAGAACUUCACAUUUUAAAAUAACCUCCAAAAUCAGGGAAAUUUACACAGAUUUUCAAAUUAAAAGUCCCUAAAAAGGUGCAACUAUCGCAUGUAUGUUGUUGGAAAUAUGCUUGAUGAUGCAAGUUCUCCACUUGAGUGAACAUGGUAAAUUAGAAUAUUAUAAACUCCUGGUUCUCUUUAUAACAAUAGAAUAAUGAUACUAUAACAAAGAUAAACUGUAUAAUGUUAUUUUAAUCUCUAUGGUUCCUCUGCUGUAUAAUAAAUAACAUGAUAUGUGA